AUGGACUGGGUUAAGCCCUAUUUGGACGAGGAAAGGCUCGGAAAGACUAAUUUACAACGCCAGCGUCGUCUGAUAGAAGAGCAGAAAGAAAAGAGUUACAGCUAUGAUGAUAAUCUUUCGGAAUACACCGUCGUGUCAUCAGACGCGGAACCAGAAGAUCUAGACCCAGACGUGGAGGAAGAACUCAUCAAACUGCGCGAGAACUACUGGGAACACCAGAUCCAUCUAACCUCGCUCAUCGAGACGCGGCCCAUCGAUGUCGGCACUGUAAAUGAGGUUCUUCUCCUGCGCAGCCACAGGGACCGACAUAACCGCACGUUCGCUUGGAGACUGGAGCGUGAGAAAUGCGCCGCUAGUGGGGGCUGUUGUGGACGGACUUGCGGGUGCUGUGAGAGGCCCUUGGGGAAGUAUCUUAAGCCUGCUAAAGAUGGGGAGGAGGAGGAUGAGAGGAAGGAAGUGGAAGUUUUGGGACAUUGUACGGUUGAGUGUGGGUGUUGUAUACUGGUGAGGGGGUGUUAUAGGCCUCAUCCGGAUUUGCCCUCUAUAGACAAUGAGGAUUGA